ACCUCGGCAGGAAUACGUACAAGUGCGAGAAUGGUGCGACACCUUCGUUCACGUGUACGGACCCCCCGGCAGACAAACCAAACUGCUCAUGCACUUGCACAAACGGCAUCACUUUCGACCAACCUCUCUCUUUGGACUCCCAGAACUGCGCAGGCACUUCUGCCAACGACUGCCAGGCGGAGAAAGGCGAAUGGGCCAGGCAAGAACAAGCGUUGAAGGAUGAAAUCACCAGAAAAACGCAAGAGCACAACGAAUGCAAAAUGGAGCUUUCAGCACACGUGCCUGCACAAAUAAGAAGCCGCUACAGAUACAAAGGCUGUAUCCAAGUUACCCCGGGGAGCUCGUUCCUACCGGGCAUCAGAUCAGAAAGCGAUACCAUGACAGUCGAGCUAUGUGCGGUGCAAUGUCAGGCUUUCCAACACUUCGCUACGACAAACGCUAGAACUUGCUUUUGUGGUGAUAAAGUCGUAGGAACGGUACUCGAGGUCAAACAUUCAGACUGUAACAGCCCGUGCGCGGGUGACAAGACGGAGAUGUGUGGGGCUUUCUGGAAGUUCAAUUUGUAUACGAAGGUGGUCUGAGUGGGUUUGAUGGCCAAUGUAGCGAUAAUAGGAUCUUGCAGAGC